UAGCUGUAGUAAGUUGGUGUGACAGGCAGGAGCUUAAAUACAAGCCCAUGAGGAAGCUGAGCUGGUUUGUAAUGAUAGGGCGGCAGCUCAGCGGCGGCGGCAGCCUCGGUGGCAGAGCGAGGAGGUGGGGACCGAGAGCACCUUGAACGCACAGGUGUUCUCAGUAGUAAUUAGAUAGCCGGGAAGGAUCAAACACACCCCUGAGUUUUUUCCUGUGAACACAAUAGCACUGAAAGAGACUGAAAGCAAAGAGGAAGACACCGAUCAGUCACUCCAAGAGGCACCCAAGUUGAAAGUUUUGUUUUCUUUCCUUCUGUGUGACUUUUCCCCUGUGUGUCACUACUAUGGUCAGAAAACCUGUGGUGUCCACCAUCUCCAAAGGAGGUUACCUGCAGGGAAGUGUUCACAGGAGGCUGCCUUCCGUGGGCAGCAAAGAGCCCCCUGGGCAGGACAAAGUGGCCCUGAAGAAGAAAAUCACUUUACUGAGAGGGAUCUCCAUCAUCAUUGGCACCAUCAUUGGAGCAGGAAUUUUCAUUUCUCCCAAGGGCGUGCUCCAGAACACGGGCAGCGUGGGCAUGUCUCUGACUAUCUGGACGGCCUGUGGGAUCCUGUCACUGUUUGGAGCCCUGUGCUAUGCUGAAUUGGGAACAAGUAUAAAGAAAUCUGGUGGUCACUACACAUACAUUCUGGAAGUUUUUGGCCCACUACCUGCUUUUGUACGAGUCUGGGUGGAACUGCUCAUAAUACGCCCUGCAGCUACAGCUGUGAUAUCUCUGGCAUUUGGACGCUACAUUCUGGAACCAUUUUUUAUUCAAUGUGAAAUCCCUGAGCUUGCGAUCAAGCUCAUUACAGCUGUGGGCAUAACUGUCGUGAUGGUUCUAAAUAGCAUGAGUGUCAGCUGGAGUGCCCGGAUCCAGAUUUUCCUAACCUUUUGCAAGCUCACAGCAAUUCUGAUAAUUAUAGUCCCUGGAGUUAUGCAGCUAAUUAAAGGUCAAACACAGCACUUUAAAGAUGCCUUUUCAGGAAGAGAUGCUAGUCUUAUGGGGUUGCCCCUGGCCUUUUACUAUGGAAUGUAUGCCUAUGCUGGUUGGUUUUACCUCAAUUUUGUUACUGAAGAAGUGGAUAACCCUGAAAAAACCAUCCCCCUUGCAAUAUGUAUAUCCAUGGCCAUUGUCACCGUGGGCUAUGUGCUGACAAAUGUGGCCUAUUUUACGACCAUUAGCGCCGAGGAGCUGUUGCUUUCAAAUGCGGUGGCGGUGACCUUUUCUGAGCGGCUACUGGGAAAUUUCUCAUUAGCAGUUCCGAUCUUUGUUGCCCUCUCCUGUUUUGGCUCCAUGAAUGGUGGAGUGUUUGCUGUCUCCAGGUUAUUCUAUGUUGCGUCUCGAGAGGGUCACCUUCCAGAAAUCCUCUCCAUGAUUCAUGUCCGCAAGCACACUCCUCUGCCAGCUGUUAUUGUUUUGCACCCUUUGACAAUGAUAAUGCUCUUCUCUGGAGACCUCUACAGUCUUUUGAAUUUCCUCAGUUUUGCCAGGUGGCUUUUUAUUGGGCUGGCAGUUGCUGGACUGAUUUAUCUUCGAUACAAAUACCCAGAUAUGCAUCGUCCUUUCAAGGUACCACUGUUCAUCCCAGCUUUGUUUUCCUUCACGUGUCUCUUCAUGGUCGCUCUUUCUCUUUAUUCGGACCCAUUUAGUACAGGGAUUGGCUUUGUCAUCACUCUGACGGGAGUGCCUGCAUACUAUCUCUUUAUUAUAUGGGACAACAAACCCAAGUGGUUUAAGAGAAUGUCAGACAGAGUAACCAGAACAUUACAGAUAAUACUGGAAGUUGUACCAGAAGAAGAUUGUCACAAAUUAUGAACUAAUGCAUCUGAAAUCUUGGCAGUCUGCCCAAGGGCAGAGGCACAAUAUGGAUCCUUACUUCAUUUUCUGGAAAAUCCAGAGAAUUGCAUUUUUAGUGAUGAACUAAAGGAAUUAGCUAUUUCUAUUCAUAUCUUCUAGUGCAUUUAAACUAAUUUCUAAGACAUUUAGUUAUAACUCCAUGUUAUUGAAAGCUAACAAGCAGUUGUACUACGAGUUCAUACAGUUCUUUAGUCUCCAAUACCUGCCUGUUGGGGUUAGGGAAAAAGACUAAAAGAAUGGACAGUUACUUUAGUGGUCAUUCUCUACAACAUGUCUUUUCAUGGCUAAAAACCUUCAAAUUGAAGAAAGGGGUUUUCUGUAUAUAUAGGUUUUGUAAACGUGAUUUUAUACACUAUAGAUGACUAUACUGUGAAAAGUAUUUUCUAUUCUGAAAAAAAGCGGACAUCAUUAUUAUGGCAAAAAGAAAAGAAAGGAAUUUAUUUUACAUUGACAUUGCAUUGCUUCCCCUUAGAUACCAAUUUAGAUAUCAUUCAUGUUUUAAUGGAUUAUACCCAGAGCAUUUUGAACAAGGGUCAGAGAGGAGGUGUUGAAUACAUUAAAGAAGAGCUUCUGGGGCUGUUGUUUACGAGACAAAUCCAGGUAUUACAUUUUAGUAAAAAACCUUGAGAAUUUA